AUGGGCAAUCACCUCCACACCCCAAUGUACUUCUUCCUCAGUAACUUGUGCUGCUUGGAGACAUGUUACAGCUCCACCAUCCUGCCCAAGCUACUGGCCAGCUUUCUGACAGGUGACAGAAAUGUUUUUCCUACAGCAGCUGUGACAUGUUUUUUUGUAUUUGCUUUUCUAGUUGGGGUAGAGUGUCACCUCCUGGCAGUGAUGUCUUAUGACCGAUGUGUAGCAGUAUGCAAACUUUUACAUUAUGUCAGCCUUAUGAAUCAUAAGCUUUGAACAGCACUAGCUGAAGGGGCCUGGGUAAGUGGUUUUAUGAUCAGCUUUGUUAUCACAGUGUUGAUUCACUGUGAUCCCAGUGAGAUUGACCAUUUCUUCUAUGAGUUCGCCUUUGCGAUAAAAUGCUCCUGCAGUGACACAUUUCUGAUAGAAGUUGUAACAUGUUUGAUGUCUGCUACAUGUACUAUGCUGCCCUUUCUUUUCACUGUAACAUCCUAUAUUUUGAUCACCAUCCUGAGAAUCCCUUCAGCUACAGGGAGGCAAAAGGCAUUUUCUACGCGCUCCUCUCACCUCAUUGUGGUCACUAUUUUCUAGUUAACUCUCAUCCUUGUCUACAUGUUACCAAAAACUUACAACCUCACAGCUUUUAACAAGUUGUGGUCUGUCUUCUACACUGUGGUAACACCCAUGGUCAAUCCACUUAUCUACACCUUAAGAAACAAAGAAGUCAGAGGAGCCCUGGGGAAAGAAGUCCAGGCAUUUAUGGGUUUAUAUAAAUGA